AUGACUCCAAACACACCGGUCGCCGUUGAGAUUCAUCAGUCAUUGCCUUCUCCAUCAUCGAACUGUCACAGUGGUUUUGAUCCAGAAGAGCUCACGAGAUUACUAAGGGGUUGCACACCGACACAGGAUGAGAUGACAGCGACAUACGAGGAACGCGCCAAGCAGCACCAUGAUCGACUCAUUGAACUGGGCGGACGGCCGACACGUCCAGUCCGGCUACAGCCAACGUGGAAUGCUACCUACAGAGACGGCCUGAUCUACAUUACUGACAACGAAGGGGAACUGGAGUCCACUCUCUCAGACGACAUAGAUCCAAUGAACCAUCAUUGGUCAACAGAAAGCGCACAAUUUGGGAGAGAAUUGGAAAACUGGCAGAGGUUCAGGGAGUAUCAGCAAAGUCUUCAGCACUUAGACCGCGUUGAAACAGAGUUAGAGCUUGAUAAUACAGAUGCUGGAUUGAUCAGCGUCUUGACCAGAUUGAGUGACUGGGAAGAGUUCGAGCUCUUUCAGGAUCUGAUUGGUGUUGACGCCUUCAAUUUCGAAGACCGACGUCGCCUUAGGCUCCUACAGAUUACGAAGUGUGAAGUCCCCGUUGAGAACUCACUACCAAGCUCCGCGGCCCAUGAAGCGAUUCGCACUUGGCUUCGUCUAUUUAAUCGAAGUCAAGAAGAGAUAGAGGAUGCCGAGAACCAGUUGAACUGGAUUAAGGGUCAAUGGCCGGAACUGAUAGCCGAAUCUGUCGAUUCUCUAUCGAAGACGCCAGAGCUUCAAUUAGCAUUAGAAGCAAAAUUCAGAAAGCAGACCCAAUCCACUGUCAGCGCCAUACAGAAGCUAGGGGGCCGACCAAGCCACACCGUCAGUCCGCCUGAUCACUCUAUGGAUAGUCUCCACAGAAUCUUAUAUUGGACUUCCGAGACUUCGAAGUAUAAAAAAGAGUUGUUAGAUUGGAAGAUGUUCCUCAAGUGGCGACGGCGUAACCUCCGUGACAAACCACAAGAGUAUCGAUGUCUCCAGUUCCAAUCAGCGUUAGAUUUCCCCAUGGAAUUUGAGGAAUUCCGACUGUUUCAAUGCAACGUCACCUCGACUUGGCUCCAAUGCUGGCAGCGACUUGUGAAGUGGUAUGAAGAAGAAAUCAAGACGCCUCACCCAGAUUUCACCUAUGGGAAUCUGGACGACCAUGCCGAGGUAGCGCGCUCACACAUGAGAGACUCAGAGACAAAACUCGCGGAAGCCACAAAACGAUUCGAAAAGGCCAAGCAGGAGCACGCUUAUACCCUCGCGGAUCACGGUCAAUCCACUGGCGGUGAGAUCGGAAUAGAAUAUCCACAGACGCCAUUUCCACCUACACCGCCUCCUUCAGACCCACAGUCCCCGCAGUCUUCACGGUCUUCUUACUCUUCGCAAGUUUCGCCGUCUUCUCCUUCUCCGCCGUCUUCGCGGUCUUCGCAGUCUUCGCAGUCUUCUCAGUCUCCUGAGCAUCUCUUCAAGGAUCAGAGACCAUUGAGUAAGAGGAGCUCUACCGAACAAGGUCAUCGACGAUCGAAGAAGCAGAAAGCAAGAAAGAAGGGUAGCGGAGGAGCAAAGAUGGACAACACGAAACAGCGGACCCUUCCCAAGUUUUCUUCAGAUCCAUUUCAAGUCGGGAAGGAUGAUGAUAUCCAGAUGACAGACGCCCACGCCCUGGGGGAUCUGACGCCAGUCGAGAUUAUGGAUGAUUUCGAGGAAGCAGAGUCCGAGGACCUGGUCAUGACAGAUUUCGAAAACCCUCCCACUCAUAUCUCAUCAUGUUCACCCGAUGCUCGGUCUAGGCCUGCCACAAGUACUGAUUUCGGGAAGUUGUCGUUGUGUAACGCCCAAGGUUCAACAUCCAGAAAGACUCGAUCUGCUACAAAGCUCAACCAAGCUCUUUCUGGCAGAGUUCUCAAGAAUACAGACGAGAAGCCGACCAAAAAGGCCAAAGAGUUCACAGAACAACAGACUAUAAUGUUAUUGAAUGCUGCAUCAAACGAAUAUUCUCCUCCAGAUUCUCCACCACUCCGGAGAAGUGAACGGCUCAAAGAGAAAGCUGCAGCCCCAGCCGUUACAUCACCACCGGAACUCAACGCUACCCAAUCUUUUCACUCAUCAGGACAGAAGCAUCCCCAAAAGGAAUUUAAUCUCGUUGAGCCCUCCCGAGCAUCGAGGCACAAGAAGCCUAAGAUACAACCCAAUUCGUUCGAACCAUCCCAAACAUCAAUGCAGAAGAAGCCCAACAUACAAUCCAAUACCAUCAAGCCACCCCGAUCAUCAAGGCAGAAGAAGCUCGAGAAACGAGCCCGCGAUUCAGCCCGCCCGGGUUGA